AUGCAAAGUGGUGCCAGCGCAUUUAAAGUCAUUCAAACAAGUAAAGGAAAAAGAAAACUGGUUGGUUACUUCGAGAAUUGGGAGACCACACUCAAGGCCUUAGAUUCACCGCCAGUUACUUUGCCCUUGGGUAAAGCCUCGGUCAGUAAUCAGUCUAAGAAGAAGGAUCAAGUUCCGUCCUUGACCUUAAAUAAGAAGAAUGAAAACAAGUUGAAGGUUCCACCUGCUCAGAAGAAGGCAAAGAAUAACUCGAUGAGCAAAGACCGUGAUAAAACGCUAUAUGCUGCGUCCAGGUCUUGGGAAAAUUUUUCACACCAAUUCCUUUGCAAUUUUGGCAAUAUGGGUGUUGAUGAUGAUGACGACGAUGCAGAAUCUCAGAAUACUGAUGAUUAUCUAAUGGAUGCGUCACCUUUUUUUGAGCAAGAUGUAGAUGAUCUAAUACGCCAAGGAUUCCAAAAACCACCAAAUCCAAAAGAUAAACAAAAGGCGCGUGUUACAGAUGAUAAACAAAUCAAGAACCAAUCAACGAAGGCAAAACCUGAUGUGAAAACAUCAGCCAAAAAUUCCCAAAAGAGAAAAAAAUCAUCCGAACUGGAAGCUACACAGAUACUGACAGGAUAUGAAGCUAAAAUAUUAGCAGAGUUAAAACUUUGGGGGAACGCUAUUAAAUGUUCCGUUAAAUGGCAACAUAAGUAUCAGACUCUUAGAGCCAAGAUAGCACUUUCCUCCUUUGCCCUUCCCCAGUUUAAUAAAUAUUGGACGACAGACCUGGGAGCCAUUAUUCAUGACAUUCCGGAGGAUAUGAUGAUGGCUACCUUGUGGACGGACUGUAAACCAGGUGAAUUUUUAAUGAAGUGCGGUGCUAGCUCAUUUAAAGUAAUUCAAACAAGUAAAGGAAGGAGGAAACUUGUGGCCUAUUUCGAGAAUUGGGAGACCAUACUAAGGGCCUUAGAUACGCCACAGUUUUUCGUACCUAACGGUAAGGAGUUGAAAUGGUGUCGACACUCCAUCCCUAUCUUAAAGAAAGUACAAAGUAAACCGAAGGCUAAAAAUACACCGAAUACGAAAAAGUCAGGAGGAGAAGUACCCGAAUACUCAGAAGAAGGCAAAGAAAUCCUCGAAGAAAAAGGGUAA